UGAGAGGGCGGGAGGGGGCAGAGCGUCCCCUCUCUAUGGUGGCGGCGGAAGCGCGGCGGGCGGUUCCGGCGGGUGUGAGGCCUGGCGGGGAGGUUAAUGGCGGACGCCGUUCCCGCCGCUGAGCACUGACCGCUUCCCUCGCCGCCAUGUCUGUCGUGCCGCCCAACCGUUCGCAGACCGGCUGGCCCCGCGGGGUGAACCAGUUCGGGAACAAGUACAUCCAGCAGACGAAGCCGCUCACGCUGGAGAGGACCAUCAACCUGUAUCCUCUGACAAAUUACACAUUUGGUACAAAGGAGCCCCUGUAUGAGAAGGACAGUUCGGUGGCAGCUCGGUUUCAGCGCAUGAGGGAAGAGUUUGACAAGAUCGGCAUGAGGCGGACAGUGGAAGGAGUUCUGAUUGUACAUGAGCACAGGCUGCCCCACGUGCUCUUACUGCAGCUGGGUACAACUUUUUUCAAGCUACCUGGUGGUGAACUCAAUCCAGGAGAAGAUGAGGUAGAAGGGCUCAAACGCUUAAUGACAGAGCUUUGCUUUUUGGCUGGCUUCAGGCAAAUACUGGGUCGUCAGGAUGGUGUUCAGCAAGACUGGGUGAUUGAUGACUGCAUUGGUAACUGGUGGAGACCGAACUUUGAACCUCCACAGUAUCCCUAUAUCCCAGCUCAUAUUACAAAACCAAAAGAGCACAAAAAGCUUUUCUUGGUCCAGCUUCAAGAAAAGGCUUUGUUUGCGGUCCCAAAAAAUUACAAGCUGGUCGCUGCACCGUUGUUUGAGCUCUAUGACAAUGCACCAGGAUAUGGACCCAUUAUUUCCAGCCUUCCUCAACUUUUGAGCAGGUUCAACUUUAUUUACAACUGAAUUCCCAUAUGCCUGAAGAGCCCAAUAGAAGAAGCCGUCUCUGUGAGCACAGCUUUAAAAUGUAGAGAAAAGAAUACGUGUGAUGCAAGGAUUUUUUUUAUGUCGUUCUUUUCCUGAAGGCCGCUAAACUUUCUAUGAUAUGAAUAGAGAAGUGAAUCUCAACUGUUUAGGUAGUAGGGUGGCAAUGUGAUAUAAGUGUUUUAAUCACAUUUCAUUGUAAUACUCACCGAAUUUUUUUUGUACAACAUUAAACAAAAUGGUUCAGA